AUGGACACGCCCGGGAUGGGGCCCAUGGAGUCCUCUGGCCCCCAAGGUGGGAUCUUCCAACUCGCCAUCUGCUUUCUGCUCCUGGGCACAUGCUCGGGGCUGACCGUGACGGUGCCAUCUCACGCCAUCCGCGGCACCGAGGGACGAGCCCUCCAUCUGCCCGUGGGCUACCACGUCCACCCGCUGGUUUCCGAGAUCCAGGUGAUCUGGCUGUUCGAGGGGCCCCAGGGCAGCCCCAAGUACCUGCUGGGCUCGGCGAACGGGUCGGUGAUGCCGGAUCUGGAGUACCAGCACCGGUUCUCCAUGGCCCCCCCCAACGCCUCGCUGCUCAUCCACCCGCUCCGCCUGAGUGAUGAGGGCACCUACAUCGUCAAGGUUAACGUCAAGGUCAGCGCCCGGGGCAGCGCUCCGGGAAGCCGCACGUUGUCGGCGAGUUGGAAGAUCCGAGUGACCGUUGAUCGCCCGGUCAGCCGGCCGACCGUGCAGACGCUGCCCUCCUCGGGGGCCGUGGAGCGCGUGGGGAACCUGACGCUGACGUGCGCGGUGGCCGAGGGCACGCGGGUGACCAUCCGCUGGCUGAGGAACGGGCAGCCGGUGCCCCCCGGCCUGGGCCACGCACUCUCGGCCGACAACGCUUCCCUGGUCCUCGCGCCGGUGGACAGAGCCCACGUGGGCAACUACAGCUGCCAGGCCAGCAACCCGGUCAGCGGUGCGGAAAGCGAGCCCGUCAUGCCCACCAUCUACUACGGGCCGUCCAGCCCGCGGGUCAGCUCGGACAAGGGGCUGAGAGCGGGUGCCGUGUUCACCGUGGGCCCGGGGGAAGCCGUCCUGUUCCACUGCUCGGCCGACUCCAACCCCCCGAACGCGUACUCGUGGGUGCUGAGGACCGCGAACACCACCACGCUGAUCCAGCACGGGCCCCACCUUCACGUGGCUCCGGGGGCCAAGGCCUCGGACGACCACCGCUGGGCCGCACAGGCCCUGGACUACAUGUGCUGCGCCUACAAUAACGUGACUGGCCGGCAAAGCGAGACGAGGUUCACCGUCAUCGUCACAGCCGCGGGUGUGGAGAAGCUGCAGCAGACAGGAAAGUCACUGUCAUCCCUGGCAGUCAUCUCCGGGAUCUCCUUGUUUCUGGUUUUCUCCGUGGGCCUGCUCUUCCUCUGGAGGAAAUUCCAACCUCACAAAGUGAUUCAGCAGACGCUGGGAAGGAGGCCAGAAGCGGACUACAGAAAAGCCCAGACCCACUCAGGCCACGAAGACGCUCUGGACGAUUUCGGAAUCUACGAGUUCGUGGCCUUCCCUGACCCCCCCGGACUGCUCAGGGUGACGUCCAGGUCCCUGCCCAGUUCAGACCGUGCCUGUGGGUCGGAGAUGCCCACUACUAUCUACGAAGUCAUCCAGCGCCUCCCCACACCACCUCAGCCCAACCGUUGGGACUUGGCCUGAUGCUCAUCAGCCUGUGGGAGCGCAAGGCACUGCUCUGAGGGCCUACUGUCACCAGAGCCGUGUCCUGGAGAAUUAUUGUUUGCUUAGAGCUGUACUAAGCACCUACAGCGUGCAGACCCCUGUCCUGGAGAACCUUUGCGUGCAUUGAACUGUACUGAACGCUUACUGUGUCUUCUGGGUGCUGAACAUUGAAUUUGGUUCCUGCUCGGGUACCAGCUUGGGGACCCAAUAAAUGCUGCUGGCGAGAGA